UACCUUUUGCCCAAAUAGAAGGAAAUGGGAAAAGCAAUCUCCUUUCCUAUAGCCUCUUCUUCCCCAUCCAUUUCAUUCACUACAUUCCCCAAAAACUAGGACCCAAAAGAAGAAAAAAAGGAAGAAGCAGAAGAAGAAGAGGAAGAAGAAAUUAAAAACCAGUCUUUGCUUUGGAGUGUGACAAUGGUGGAACGCUGCUUCAGCCGCUCAUGGGGUUGCCCAAAACUCUCGUCCGCACGCACCAUUAGGGAGAACGACACUGCCCAGAAGCUUAUAUCCUAAUGCUGCGAAACCUUUCCAAAUAAAACAAAGGGAAAGAGAGAAAAAGGAGAGACCCUUGUUGUUGUUCUUCUUCUUCUUCUGAAGGUCUUAUCAUUCCAGAGACACGUCUUUAUUAAUGGAUCUUGGCAAUUUCGGAAGCAGCAUCUUCUUGAAUCACCCAAAAGUACCCUCUUCCGUUUCCUGCUCCAGAUCACCACCCCCCUCGUGUUUGGCUAGUGAAUACGAGCACCCAGUGCGCAUCAUGAGCCUCGCCUCUCCCAUGAGCUCCAAAUUCAAGAUUGGUCUGGCGUUUGUUUCUGCUGGUUUUGAUUCUUUUGGAGACGCAUGAGUGCUUGAUCUCGAUAAUUUUCCCUUCGAUUUUUCUUGGUCUUUGCUGAUUAUUGUUGCUCUCGCUACCCUUUUCGUCACAUUCUCUGACAGAGUGAACACACCAUCGAUCGGCAAACAACUCCGACCAUCUUCUUUCCUUUCUUUUUUACCCAUUUUCCUCAGAGAUAUUGAUUCCGGAUUUUUUCGGGUGUUGGGAUAUGUUGGCAUCUCCUGCGAUGGCUGCUGUUGCUACUGUGACAGGCAUCAGAAUUUUGAGGUGGAACAAAGGAUUCUGGAAUAUCCCAUCUUUAUUUCCGAUCAUCAGGUGUGAUCAUGGCCCUUGUUGCUUUUGGGAUGAGAAGGGGAACAAACUGAGAAGUAGAACCAAGCAGAGCCCUUUCUCAAGAAUUGCUUCAGUUUCGGCCUCGGCCUCCCCUCUUUCUAGCAAUCACAGGACAAAGGAAUUGUCUCGUUCCCAAAUCUACCUGGAGGUUCUUAAAGCUGCCAGGAAGAAGUUCACUCAGGAAAUUUCUUUCCAGUCCAAGGACAAAGACAUCUCCCUUGCAAAAGUUUUGCUGUAUGUGGCAGCUGAAGAUGAGGCAUUUCUGGCUCUCAAGAGAGAAAUGGAUGCAGAGUUCCUUUCAAAAGAAAGAAGAUCAGCUUCUGUUCCAUCUGAUGCUCAAAAGUGGGAUUCUUUAGACGAUAUGCCUUUGUCCGGAAGGACAAUAUCUCAAUGGCUGAGUGAGCUGGAUUCUAUUGCUAAAGAAGUUGAGGCGGAACUAAUUUCAAGAGAUAUAGGCUGCCAUUUGGUCGAGGUUUUAGAAGCAGUUAAUGUAGUUCUUUUUGGGUUGAAAGGCUUCAAGCGGGCAACUGUGCUUGUAGAUUCCAAAUGUUCAUACUUGCACUCUGUGCUGAGUUCUAGAUGUGGCAGUGCAAUUUUGCUUAGCAUUAUUUACAUUGAGGUUUGUCGAAGACUUGGUCUGACCAUUGUGGGAUCUCGUGUCGGGGAAGAUUUUUUGAUAUGGCCCCAAACUGGGAACCCAGAGGAGCUCUUCCAGGUAAAUAAAGGGAAGAGCUUGUUUGCCAUCGUCAACGGAAGGUGUGUUGAUGACCCAAAAUCUAGGGCAUCAGACUUAACUAGCAAUUCACUUUUAGGACUUGAGAUAGCUUCAAACCGGGAUAUCAUUGGGAUUGCUUUGGCAAACUUGAUCAGGCUUCAUUGGAAACGUGCUUCGAGGCUUAAUCAUGGGCUGAUGUUGACUACUCCUCUUAGGCAUGUUGACUAUGCUUCUGAAAAAUCCAACAAAUUUGAUGAUUCAAAUGCCCCUGUGCUACGGCCCCAAGAUCUUAGGUUGGCUAUUAUGGCUUCAGAAAGAUUAUUGAUUCUGCAGCCGCAUAACUGGGCUCUGAGGAGGGACCACGGGAUGAUGCUGUACUACAAGAAGGACUACGGGGAGGCGGUUCAAGAACUUAGCAUUUGUAUGGCAUUUGCGCCGGAAGAAGAGGCGGAGAUUUUGGAACCAUUCGUCGAGAAGCUGCAUUUGCUGCGGCUGGAAGCGUCGUGGAAGUCCAUGGGGCAUAAUCAAUUGACAGUUCCUUAGGUUGUACUCUGCCCUUAACAUCCUCUCUGUCUCUCUCUCUCAAUGGCAUGUUUCUUAGUGUCGGAACAAUCUGUGGCUGUACAAUCUCAAGACUAGAGUAGCUAAUCCAAUCUGUCCCUGACUGUUGUAUGUGUAUAAGAUAGGAUAUAUGAUAAUAUAGAUUAAAGAACUCGGAAGCAAUGGCUUUCUUGACACUUA